AUGAGACUUCUUCCAAACGUAAAGCUUCUGCUUCCGCAGUUCUUUCACGAGGCAGAAGUGGUUAUGGCAUACCCGAGUUUGGGUCUGCUGGUCGCCACCAGUGUCGUGGCCUAUGUCGUGUUUGUAGUGAUCUAUCGACUGUACUUCCAUCCGCUGGCCAGAUAUCCGGGACCAUUCUGGGCUAGCAUAAGCACGAUCCCGUCGUGGUGGUAUACAAUCAAGCAAGAUCGCCAUGUUUGGCUGUGGCGUCUGCAACAGCAGUACGGACCUACCUUCCGCUACCGCCCUGAUGCAGUCCUGAUCAACAAGCCGACAGCAUACAGGACCAUUUUUGGGCCCAAAGGCAACGUCAAAAAGAGCGACUACUACCGCGUCUGGCCACGGAGUGCGGAGGUGACCAGCACUUGGAACGUUACCGACAUUCCUUCACAUGCCAGAAAGCGUCGUGUACUCAAUCAAACCUUCUCUGAGAAAGCGCUCCGAUCGAUCGAGCCAUUCGUGCACUCGAAUACUGAUCGCUGGCUGGAUUUGAUCGAGCAGAAUGCUGCGGACAAACAGCAGUCCCUGAACAUGGCGCAUGAGAUCAACCACCUCGUGUUCGACAUCCUUGGAGACCUAUGCUUCGGCAAGUCGUUCGAGAUGAAGGAGCCAGGUAGCGAUAAGAGGUACAUCCCAGAAGUGCUUGCGACUUUCCUUGCGCUGUUCCACCCAAUCUGCUUCUCGCCGUUCGCGGACUGGUGGGUGUGGGCUAAACCACGAGGACUGGAUUGGUUGCUCAAUAUUGCUUCGCCACCAGCUGUGACGAACUGGGAGAAGAUUGUUGCCUCUUGCCUGGAUGAAAGAACAAAGGUCGAGGAAGCGUUACAGAAUUCCGAUCAUCCCGAGCAAGAAGCGAGAAAGGACUUCUUCCACUACCUGUUCAAUGCCAAAGAUCCAGAGACUGGCUCCGGCUACUCUUUAAGCGAGCUCUAUGGCGAAUGCGAGCUGCUUAUCGUGGCUGGCUCCGACACCACUUCGAUCGUCAUGUCAGCAAUGCUCUUCUACUUGGCCCGGAACCCAGAAGUCCAAACCAAGCUGGCAAACGAGAUCAAGUCGACUUUCACAAACUACAACGCCAUUGCUGGCGGAUCUCAGCUGCACUCCUGCAGAUAUCUUAAAGCCUUCAUCCAAGAGGCAUGCCGCAUGAACCCGCCAGUAAGCGCAGAGCCAGCACGCGAAGUCCUUGCCGGCGGCACGGCAAUCGAUGGCCAGUACUUCCCAGAAGGCACCAAACUAAGCAUCAGCUGCUACUGCUUGAGCUACAAUCCCGAUGUAUACCCCGAGCCAUUCGAGUUCCGACCAGAGCGCUGGAUCCUUGCGGAUAAUGAUAAUCCGCAUGGAGCAUCAGCAGAAAGUCUUACCUUGGCAGAGAGUGGAUUCUGUGCGUUUUCGACCGGAUCUCGAGGUUGCGUUGGGAAGAAUUUGGCUUGGUUGGAGAUGAUGAUCGUCAUGGCGAAGUUGGUCUAUAGAUUUGAGGUCAAGCAGGACCCGGAGAGCAGCCUCGGUGGUGGUGAUCCGAACAUGCCAGAAGGGCGAAGGGAAGUUGGCCAAUAUCAGGUCUAUGACGCCUUUGUCGGUCUCAGAGAUGGUCCUAUGGUCAUGUUCAAUGCUAGAAAGUAG